GUAGAAUACGACUUCUCUCCGAAGCGGAUGUCGAUUACGACGAAUGAUUAUCUCCAUGUCCAAUGGACAGGUUCUAACAGAAAUCCAAAAAACAAUGCUGGUGAAGGGCGCGCACAAACCGACCGUAGCAACAUGGUCGCAAUGCAAUCGCCUGACAAAAGCCUCCCGCAUUAUGGCGGCGGUUUAUUCGAAAAUGCCCAAGUUGUUUAUGCUCUGGACGGUACUCAAGGUAUGUCGUCAGCUGACGCUGCUGUUGCCAUGGCUACGGCGGGCCACUUCAAAAACGCGGCGAAUGUUCCCGCCAAUCUCAAUCAACUGGGCGGAUGUAAUAGAAAGCAACUAGCUCAACUGGACUGCUAUCCACCGUCCUACUCUGGGAUGCUGCUGCGUUUCACGAAAGCCGGAACAUACUAUUACAUGGGUUCCCGUAACAACAACUUCACCAAUCGAAGUCAAAAGGGCAGGCUUACAGUCACCUCCACGAAAAAAUGACGUUCAUAAAUGUUGUUCAGUUAAGUCGCAAUAUGGUUCAUUAAAGAUUUAUUUAUUCCCG